UCAAAUGAAAUUUAAGCCAUGAGUUGAGUUGAUGAAGCACAGAGUAAGCUUCAAGGUCGGAGCUUUCAUGGCGGUGCAGAGAAGUUUCUUCAAUUGCUGCCGUAUCUAGAAUUUUCUGCAAUAUCAAGGAACUUCCCACAAAUAAACAAAAGGCAUUGAUGAUAUAGUUUCAUCCUUAACUUUGCUAACAACGAAUGAACUUUCUCUACCCUAAAUGUCAUUUGUUUUUGUCUUAUUUUCGUAUUCAGUUUCAUGUCAACAUCCAUAUUCCUCAUAUAAUAUAUGCUGAAUCAGACAAAUUUGCUGUCUUGUUUCUCGCAUAUUUAAGAAUGAAACGUUAACUUGCUAGUGUAUCAUCAAUAACAUUAAUUCCACGAAACGCAGUUGACAGGUAUAUAGACUUGUGUAAUGUCUUAUCUUAUGUAUUUGCUUGAUGUUUUAAUUGAAAGAAACAUAUUAUCCACCUAAGUAAAAGACAUAAGAUUCCAACAAGAUUCAGAUUUUCCUGAUACCUUCCUUUGCACAAAACUGCCCAUUGCAUAGCUCAUUUUCCUACCAACUUCCUAGUACUUUCCCCAUAUUUUUUUAAGGUUAUUGUUGCAUCAAAUUCAAUAUAGAACUCAUAGUUCCCAGUAUAUAUAACACUCACCAUUAACCGAGCUAUUAAGAACCAUCCCCAGCUUUAAUCUUUAGUCCUCCUAGAACUUGUAGCUUCUUGAAAUUUUCUCGACAUGAUUAUCAGUUGCAGGCUUUCCUUCAUUAUCAUCCAUUUUCUAGUUUCUUAUGCCCAUGCAGUUUCCUUCAGUAUAACUCAUUUUGACCCUGGUGCAAACAACAUAAUCUAUGAAGGAGAUGCCAUAGCAUCAGAUGGAGCUAUUGAACUCAUCAACCUGGUGGAUUAUACUUGUCGUGUUGGCCGUGCGACAUAUGCAGAGCGUGUGCCUUUAUGGGACUCUUCUACUGGAACACUUGCAGAUUUCAAUACCCGCUUUUCUUUCACCAUUGAUACUCUCAAUUCAACUAACUAUGGCCAUGGGAUUGCAUUUUUCCUUGGUCCUGUGGGGUACUCAAUUCCACCCAAUUCUGCUAGUGGAUUCCUGGGGAUAGUGAACUCCACUGCUAGUUCUGCAAUGUCAAAAACUCAAUUAGUGGUUGUUGAGUUUGAUACUUUUGUGAACAAGGAAUGGGAUCCACCAAUGCAGCAUGUUGGGAUCAACAAUAACUCCAUCUUCUCUGAUGUGUCUGCAAGUUGGAAUCCUGGCUCAAAUUCAGGAAAGGUUGCCAAUGUUUUGAUAACUUAUAAUGCUACUACCAAGGACCUGAGUGUGUUCUGGACGUAUGAUGAAAACCCAACUUUCACUGGCAACUCUUCUCUUUCUUAUCAAAUUGAUCUGAUGCAAGUACUGCCUCCAUGGGUCACAAUUGGAUUCUCAGCAGCUACAGGCCAGUAUCUUGAGAGAAACACCGUACACUCGUGGGAGUUUACUUCAAAUUUUGUACCAAAUGAGGGAGAUGGCAAGAAACCACACUUGAAGACACAAUGGAUAGUGCUUAUAGCUGCAGCCUGUCUAAUAGUUCUGGUUGUGCUUGGCUUCGGCAUUUACUGGUUAAUCAAAAAGAUAAAAGGAAUUUUUUAUGGCAAGAGAUCCAGUGGUGGUCGCUCUAGAAAAACUGAUCUGGAGAGUGCAGUUUUGCCAAAAAGUUUCUCUUAUCAAGAACUUUUGACAGCUACAAAAGGUUUUGCAAAACAAAGACAGCUAGGUGAAGGAGGUUCUGGGUUUGUUUACAAAGGAGCCUUGACUGACCCAUGCUGCCUAGUUGCUGUGAAGAAAGUUUCUCCUCAAUCAGAAAGGCUCUUCGAUAACGAAGUGCGAAUCAUAAGCAGUUUAAAACACCGAACUCUGGUGCAGUUCUUGGGGUGGUGUCAUGAGCGAGAUGAAUUUUUACUCGUUUACGAGUACAUGGCCAAAGGUAGCCUUCACGAUCGUCUUUUUGGUAGUAAGAAAACCCUCCCUUGGAAUCGGAGAUACAAUACUGCUUUGACUGUGGCCACUGCUCUUAAAUAUCUUCAUGAUGAUGCAGAGCACCAAGUACUUCAUAGGGAUAUCAAACCAGAAAAUAUAUUGUUACGUGGAGAUUUCACAGCGAAAGUUGGUGAUUUUGGGAUUUCCAAGUUUGUUAACACUCAGUUGAGGACUCAGAGAACAAAUCCAGUAGGGACUCCUGGGUAUGUAGCCCCUGAAUACCGAAGAGAUGGGAGGGCAACUACGCACUCGGACAUGUAUAGCUUUGGUGUUGUGGCUUUAGAAAUUGCUUGUGGAAGGAGGAAUUACAGAAAUAAUGAUCCUCUAAAGGUGGUCAAGGAAGUAUGGACACAAUAUAAAGCAGGAAAUAUUCUUGAAGCAGCUGACAGAAGAUUAAAGGAAUUUAACCUGAAAGAAAUGGAAUGCUUGAUGAUUGUGGGUUUAUUAUGUACACAUCCAACUGACAGAGAAAGGCCUUCUGCUGGUGAAGUGAUUAAGUUUCUCAACUUUGAAGCUCCAUUGCCAGAGCUUCCUCCAAUGCUGCAUGAUCCUGAAUUCCCUCAUAAUUCAGAUAUAAAUGAAAGAAAUACUCGAUGAACAUGAACAAGAAAGGCAAGUUCUGGAAAUGCAAGCUCCUUUUUU